AUGGUCGCGCAGUUCUUGUCCGCGAUCAACGCCGCGCGCGCCGACGCCGCGGUGCUGCCGCUGUCGUGGAACACGACGGUGGCGCAGCGCGCCAAACUGUCAGUGAGCUGGCUCCGUGCCUCGGCGGGCUGCGACCUGAGCAAGAAGGGCGGGUACCCGUCAGGCUUCCAUGAGGCCAUGACCUUCUUCCGAGGCCCCAACGGCCACCCCACGCCCGCGGACGCGGUGGCGACAUGGGUGUCCGAACGCCAGUGGUAUGACCGGGGUGCCGACGCGUGCGCACCCGGCCAGGAGUGCGGGAGCUACAAGCUGGUGGUGGCCCCGGAGUGGCGGCAGCUCGGGUGCGCACUGGUGGCCUGCCCGUCCGGUGGCGCGGUGGCAGCGUGCGGGUACACACCGUGA